UGUGUGUGGUCCGUUGUACAAUCCGGGAGUCGGGAAUCCGGGGUUUCCCCCCAUCAGGUGACAUUGGUGUGUGUGUGGUCGGUUGUACAAUCCGGGAGUCGGGAAGGUUUCCCCCCAUCAGGUGACAUUGGUGUGUGUGGUCGGUUGUACAAUCCGGGAGUCGGGAAGGUUUCCCCCCAUCAGGUGACAUUGGUGUGUGUGUGGUCGGUUGUACAAUCCGGGAGUCGGGAAGGUUUCCCCCCAUCAGGUGACAUUGGUGUGUGUGGUCGGUUGUACAAUCCGGGAGUCGGGAAGGUUUCCCCCCAUCAGGUGACAUUGGUGUGUGUGGUC